AUCUUUGUGCUUCUGUGUUGCAGCCUGCAAUGUCACCAUCCACAACCGCUGUCGAGACACACUGGCCAACUGUGCCAAGAUGAAACAAAGGCAACAGAAGCUAGCCCUGGUGAGGAACAGCUCCGCGUUGCAGAACGUAGCUCUGAGGACCAAAACCCCUAUGAUGAAGGAGCGGCCCAGCUCAGCCAUCUAUCCGUCCGACAGUCUCCGUCAGUCCCUGCUGGGCUCCCGCCGUGUCCGCUCUGGCCUCUCCCUCUCCAAGAGUGUCUCCACACAAAACCUCGCAGGGAAUCUGAAUGACGACUCACCGUUGGGGCUGCGGAGGAUCCUGUCUCAGUCCACAGACUCCCUGAACUUCAGAAACAGAGCCAUGUCCAUGGAGUCCCUCAACGACGAGGGGGAGGUGUACUAUGCUGCCAUGUUGGAGGAGCUGGAGAGGGAGGGGAAGGACUUUGAGGCUGACUCAUGGAGCCGGGCCGUAGACCCCUCCUACCUGCAGACGCACCGCAAAGACGUCAUCAAGAGACAAGACGUCAUCUAUGAGCUGAUCCAGACAGAGUUCCACCACGUGAGGACCCUGCGGAUCAUGGAGGGGGUGUUCCGGCAGGGCAUGCUGGACGAGGUGCUGCUGGAGCCGGGCGUGGCGCACGCUGUCUUCCCCUGUCUGGAGCAGCUGAUGGCGCUACACACGCACUUCCUUUCCCAGCUUAUGACACGACGCACACACAGCCUGGCCCCCGGGACCAGUACCAACUUUACUAUCAACCAACUGGGGGAUAUACUGACUGAACAGUUCUCAGGUCAGUGUGCAGAUGAGAUGAGGAAAGCCUAUGCUGAGUUCUGCAGCCGCCACCCCAAAGCUGUGAAACUGUACAAGGAACUGCUGGCCAGAGACAAGAGGUUUCAGCACUUCAUACGGAGGGUAAGCCGAGGGCCCCUGCUGCGUCGCCAUGGCAUCCAGGAGUGCAUCCUGCUGGUGACUCAACGCAUCACCAAAUACCCUGUCCUCAUCCAGCGCAUCCUGGACAACACCAAGGGCAGUGAAGAGGAGGCCCAGUCCCUAGCCCUGUCCCUGUCUCUGAUCCGGGACUUGUUGAGCUCUGUGGACCAGCAGGUGGCAGAGCUGGAGCGGACCCAGAGGCUCCAGGAGAUAAGGGCCAGAUUGGACCCCCGGGCCCAGGCGGAGGUCAGGGGAGGGGUGUUCAGGGGAGGGGAGCUGCUCCGCAGGACGCUCCUCCACGAGGGAACGCUUCUGUGGAAGACGCAAGGAUCCAGACUCAAAGACGUGCAGGUCCUGCUGAUGACAGACAUCCUGGUGUUCAUGCAGGAGAAAGACCAGAAGUAUUUCUUCCCCUGCAUAGACAAGCCUGCAGUGUUGUCUCUGAAGAACCUGAUCGUGAGGGACAUUGCUAAUCAGGAGCGAGGGAUGUUCCUGAUCAGUGACUCCACCCCCCCAGAGAUGUACGAGCUGCAUGGCGCCUCACGAGAUGACAGGAACAACUGGAUGAGACUCAUACAGCAGACAGUCAGCAGCUGUCCGUCCAGAGAGGACUUCCCCCUGAUAGAGACAGAGGACAAGGCCUUACUGCGCCGACUCAGAGCUGACAUCCAGCAGAAGGACAGAGAGGUGCUGGAGCUCCUCCAGGAGAGAGUGACUCUGUUCUCUGACCUGGCUGAGGUCACCGGUGGGGGUCAGGAGUUCACGCCCCCCACCAACUCUAGGAACAUCUUCCGGGCCGACACCCCCUAUGCACCACAGGCAGAAUACCUACUCACCGACGCCAUCUCAGAGGUUGACAGGCUGAGUGAGUUGCUGCUGGGCUCCAACAUAGAGCUUCCCAAGUCCAACGGUAGCACCAACGGUACCAAUGGUGACCAGAACCACAAAGGGGCGCCAGUGAGCAAUGGAGAUUCGAUCUCCGUCAACGGGACUCAUGAAAUCAAAGGAAGUCCAGCGUCCAAGGACAGAAAUGGUAACCAGCUACAGGACAGACCCCUAAAUGAGGAGGUGUGUCAGAGGCUUGUGAACCUCAGUGCUCAUCUCCACUCUCUACAGGCCGCCGUCAUUCACCAGGACUCUGUUCUCGAGCUCCGCCUUCGUGAGGGCACCGGCCCUGCCUCUUCAGGUUCCUCCACUCCCACCCCCACUCCUCCAAACUCCUUCCCCAGGCUGUGCCGUUCCAUGUCACGUGACACAGGUCUGGAUGCGGGCACGGUGGCAGCCAUGGGGGAGAUGGCCAUGCUCCAGAAGCAGCAUGAUCUGCUGCAGGAGGAGGUGGUGAGGCUGCGCCCCCUGGAGGCCAAGCUGAGGGAGAGCGAGAGGGCCAGGGCUCAGCUGGAGCAGCAGAUCAGGGACAAUAAGGGCAGGAGGGGCAGGAGGGGCAGGAGAGGCAGCAGAGGCAGCAACGAAGACAUCGUGGUGGAUGAUACAGCCUUAGAGCAGGCUCCUGCUAAAAGAAGAGGAAGUGGUGAUGGCGAGCCCAGCCCUGUCGCCCCAUUGGCCUGUCAGGAACCAGUGGACCAAUUGGACGGCGUACAGGAAGGYAGUGAGGAGGAGUCGGAGGAGGAGGAAGAGGAAGAGGCGGAUGUAGUGAAGGUUUCACCACGCUCUGACAGUCCAAGAGAUCUCCAGGAUAUCCCUGAGGAGAGCGAGUGCGGACCGGAAGCGCAGGAAUCCAAAGGCUGAUUCCGAGACUAUUCCGAGUUAACAUUGACCUCAAACUGGAUACGCAAACCAGAAAACAGGACUUGAGAGCUGGACCAACAUAUUCUCAACCUUCAACCAACCAGACCUGAUAGAACUUAUCUUCAGUGAUUCCAUMUAUUUGUCUUUCUUUGGCAUAGAAAGCCUACCCAGGAAUUGUGUAUURUAUCAUGGUAUAAGUUAGUUCGGAGAGGUUAUAUGUUUUUCUAAUGUUAUGUUAAAAGCUUCAUCCUCGGGAUUGAAUCCCUUUUUCCAAUCCCACUCUUCGUUUCUUCUUUCCCUUUUCAAAACAAGGAUGACUAAUAACAGAGAGGGAUUAGGGUGAAGAGGAGGAAAGGGUUCGCAACAACAAUGGAAUUCUAAUGGUGGACUGUUGAUCUAUAGGUGUCUGCUGAUACCAGUAGGAACUAUUCUGUACUGUAACUGCCUGUCAUUGUUGUACAUUUAGUGUCACCUCUCUACAGACCUGGUUUGUCUGUGAUGGUGGAGCUGACUGAUUUGAAACUGAACUUAGACCAGUAAAGGAGGGCGGGACAGGAAAGGAGGGUAUACAUAUACUGUAUAUCAUUGUUAAAAAAAUGUGUGGGUAUUAAUCAACUCUCACCCCCACUCCUUCUUGAACACAAAMACUUGAAAACUCUUGUGCUUUUCAUAAACCAAAUUGUUUCUUUUUUCUAGGAAGACAACAGUAGUGAGCCACCAUGAGGGGUUUUAUACUGAAUAUUUUAUAAAAAUGGGGAGGGGGGGUUACAAUUAACUGUUCUGACUUUUGAAGGAUACACACAGAAGGACCAUACUGAACCAAAAAACAACAUCAUUGAUAUAUUAAUUAGGAUAAAGAAUUGCAUCCUUAGAAUAAGGAUUGACUAAUCUGACUGACUGUACCUGGAAUAUUUUCACCUCUUUUAUAAUCUACAGUUGUAUGUUUCAUACACAAACUACUAAAACGUGGUUUACACUACACUCAAUCGUGAGUUCAGAUUUGCCGGUGGAAUUGACUUUGAUYGUYUYUAAUGUAUUUCACCCUUAUGGUUUUUAGGAUGAUAAACUGUUGCUACCAGCCAACUCCACCAGCAACACUGACACCAACCAAAACCUCCUUUAACAAAAAGUCAACAUUUUUCUGACUGUCUUUGAGCUCACCCCUUAACCAURAAGCGACUGUAUUAUGUAGGAAUGUAAAUUAUUUGACUGGAUUCAAAGGGUGUUUCCUUGUUUGAACUACAUAAAAAAACAGUUUUUUCCUUUAUAUGUUACAUAUAUUCUAUAAGAAGUAUUUGUCUGUAUAAAUAUUUGAUCUGUUCUGAAAAAAGAAAAUUACUUUUUAACGUUAAUGUUGUAAUUUUGUCUUUUUAUUAUUUUUAUUUGACUUACCAUUAUUUUAAUUUUGUGUGCUGUUUAUAAAUCUUACAGAAAUCUA